ACGUCACUUCGGUAGCAGAUGUUGACACUAAGUCACGAACGCUACUUAUUUAAAACGUCAAUCAUCUACGAGCAGUAGUACUGAGUACUUCAAGCAAAAGUUGACAGUACACCGAAUGUGUCCUAUGUCAUUGCUCCACCGUCAGAAGAGAAGCCAGCUAGUCCACAACUAGAUCUAGUGACAUCAUGACGGUGAUAUAUCUCUAUGCAACUCUACUGAGUGUAUUUAUAACACAGGCUUUCAGUCUGGUGCCGCCCACAUUGGACACAGUGUUUACAGUAGAUGGUCAAGGCAUUGGCCAAGUGGCCGGUGUUGACGUUGAUUCAGCCGGAGACCUUUUUGUCUUUCACAGAGCCAACCGGCCAUGGAGUUCGACAACUUACCGCCCAUUCUCAAAUGUUCUGUCCAAUGAAGCUCGGGUUCCAAUAGCCUUUGACGUCAUCCUCAAACUUGAUCCUAAGACGGGCAGAAAAAUUUCUGGUUUUGGAAGCAAUUUUUUUAAUGUACCACAUGGGCUGACCAUAGAUAACAACGAUAAUCUCUGGGUCACUGAUACAGGUCGUCACCAGAUUUUUAGGUUCGCCAAAGGUCAAACUACACCUAACCUUGAACUUGGUGUAAAGUUUGUUCCUGGCAGUGACCAGCAACAUUUUUGUAAGCCCACUGGAGUGGCUGUGAGCAGCACCGGAGUGUUCUUUGUUGCUGAUGGGUAUUGUAACAGUCGCAUACUAAAGUAUUCCAGCGAAGCACAAGUUCUAGCUCAAUGGGGAACAGUUGGAGGACGAGCUGGACUGACGCCCUAUACACUGAACAUUCCCCACAGCAUCAUUUUAAUGGAAGAGCAAGACUUGGUCUGUGUAGCUGACAGAGAAAAUAGUAGGGCCCUUUGUUAUAACGCUGGUUUGAAAAAUUCCACAUUGACGGGAGUAUUUAACAGAACUCUAGUACCUCAGGGGAACAUCGGAAAAGUAUAUGGCAUAUAUUACAACAAGGCAGCUCAAGAAGUGGUCGCUGCUGGAGUUAUCUCCCUGACCCCGUACCUGUCAGGCAGACAAACUAUCUAUCCUCCCAGAGCGUUCAUCUACAAUCUGAAAGGACAGAGGCAACUGAGUUUUGCUAAUAUCACCCAGGAAAUGGCCAAACUUGGACAGUCCCUCAUUCAUGACCUGUGUACAUCUAGAGAUGGACAAAGCUAUUACUUGGCUGAUCUGGACCAAAACAAAGUCUAUAAAUAUAAUAAAGUCUAGGCUACGGGUCCUUUAGUAAUAAUUACAAUAUAUGCAGAUAACGGAAAUUAAAUUUAUUUAUCAAAAAAACA